AUGAUGGAAGACACAGAGAACAGAAAAACGUUUACUGCUGCAACGGGCGUCGGAUCCCGUAGUAGCCGGCAAGAGGGGGGUGUGGACCCUGCCCUUCUCUGGUCGUCAUCCGACCAAGGGCCGACCGCUAGUUUGGCGACGGGGCUAGCGGAGAAUGUUACGUCCGCCGCCACAUUUACAUUCUCAAGGACGGGUCAGGAGGGUGUCUCCCGUGCUGAAUCAAGAUCUCAGCAGCAACAACUUGAUGAGCAAGAACCCUCCUGCUCGAAUAGAGUUCAGGGAACUCAAGAGGACGAUGAUAUGGACACAGAUGUGUGUUCCUUUAGCGAAGAUGAUGCAAGAUCUGCGGUGUCUGGUUUGUCUACAUCUUCUACAAGAUCCAGAAGAUCAUUGCUAAGAAAAAGGAAGCAGGAUUCUGCAGAGGAAGGCUCAUCGUCUACUAAAAAGAGAAUCCAGGGUAGUAAUCCUGGUACAGAUCAAGAGGAGUUUAUACAUCCAGGCUCCAGAUCUCCUCUUAGAAAGAAAGUUAUUGGCAAACUUCCUACAGUCACAACUAAGUCUGAAGAAGAGCUAAAUAGUAUGACUAUAGAUAGUUUAAAAACGUUAGCUCUAAUGUGGUUGGAUCACUUAGAUCAAUCCAGAAAUUCUAGCAAGAAUCUGCAAGCACAAGAAAUAGAAGCUCUAGAAAAGAAGAAUGAAGAAAUAGAGACGAAAUUGUGGCAGAUAAGUAGGGAUAAGCCUAUCAAAGUACUCACCAAUGCUGGAGGUGUGGAUGCUCCUGGAGAAAUUGCUAUAAUGUCCAAAGAAGAAGUGGAUAAAAUGGACAGAGAAUGGCCGGUGUUAAGGCCUUCUCUACAAGGCGCUCGUAAAGUUCUUCCUACGGUUGUUCCGGCUCCAGCGAAGGCGAUUCCUGAAACAAAGAAGAAAACAAGACAUAGUACCACAGGACAGGAUGAGAUUAAUGACAUCUCCAAGGAAAUGAAAAAGCUACAAGUUAGGAAAAAACAGCUUAUGAAAGAAAUGAGAGGAAACGUUACUGAUAGAGAAGAAGGAACGGAAACAGAAGGAGAAGAAGCUGCUAAAAAGAAGAAGGCUAAGCCCAGAGUUAUCAGCAAUAUCCAGCUGGCACCGCCGAUAACACCUGGACCUUCUAAGGAAACCAAUGGAAAAGAAAGAAAGGAAGGUGACUGGCGUACAGUCACAGGAAAGAAGAGAGGCAGAGUGAAAGAAAAAACAAAUACACAAGGAAAGAAAGAGGCUAAUAAAGGGAAGCCCCAACAACCCACUCGUAAACCCCCUCGAUCAGCAGCAGUGACAGUCACUGCCAAAGAGGGACUCUCAUAUGCGGAUAUACUUCGCCAAGCAAGAGAGAAGAUAUCGUUACACGAGUUGGGUAUCGAGGCCUCUAAGAUUAGGAAAGGUAUAAAUGGUGGUCUCAUCAUUGAAAUCCCUGGUAAUAAUGGAGUACAAAAAGCUAAUGACUUAGCUAAUAAAUUGAAAGAGAUACUCCCGGAUGACGUAAGGAUUAAUCGUCCGACGAUUCGUUCAGAUAUGCGAAUAGUUGGUCUUGAUGAAUCUAUUACAAAGGAAGAAAUUAGAUCCAGGAUCGCAGAUCUCGGUGGAUGUAACGAAGAUGAGAUCAAAGUUGGAGAGAUCCGAUGGAGGCCCAACGGCUUAGGAAACAUAUGGAUCCAAUGCCCUCUAUGUGUCGCUAAUACGAUUAUGAAGACUGGCAAAAUAAAGGUCGGAUGGACCGUCGCCAGAGCGGAAAUAUUAACUCCCAGACCGCUCCAAUGUUAUCGAUGCUGGGAAAUCGGUCACGUAAGAUAUUCGUGCACAUCGAGUACUGAUCGGAGUCAACAUUGUUAUAAAUGCGGAAGCAGUACACAUAGAGCUUUAGAGUGUGUUGCUACAGCUCCAAAAUGCAUAAUAUGUGAAGAGAAGGGCCUUAGCUCCAACCAUAGGCUAGGAUCUCCCGUAUGUAACAUGAUCAAAAACACUACUAGGAGUAGACCGCUUCCAAGAUUAAGGAAAGAAGAGUUGGAAGCUAGAAAUGCUAAUCCGGAUCGGAGGACAACGGAGACUAAUAUGGAAAUAGAUCAUGCUGCCCUCCCAUAA